UCUAAUAGCGUACCACUGCCUGAUAGCCACUAGAAUUCUUGCCGGUCGCCAUGCCUUGGUCGGGAUAGUGGUCUCAAACGGCACGCUGGCGGGGUAUACGCGGCACGUGUACGCGGGCGGCGCCGGUGCGUACCAUGCGCGCGCGUCCGCCGUACCGCUCAACGCAAAUGGCGAGCCCAUCAAGUUACCAGAAAAUUUGGAGAGUUUGCCUCGGGCGGAGCACUUCGCUGCCCAACGGCAUCGAUGGAACACAAACGAGGAAAUCGCAGCCAUCUUAAUCAGUUUUGACAAACACAGCGAAUGGCAGUCAAAGGAAGUCAAAAUAAGACCGAAAAGUGGGUCGAUGCUUCUGUACAGCCGCAAAAAGGUUCGCUAUCGACGCGACGGGUACUGUUGGAAGAAGCGGAAAGACGGAAAGACCACCCGGGAAGACCAUAUGAAGCUCAAAGUGCAGGGGACUGAGUGUAUCUACGGUUGCUACGUACACUCUGCUAUCCUGCCGACCUUCCAUCGAAGAUGCUACUGGCUCUUACAGAACCCCGACAUAGUGCUGGUUCACUACCUGAACGUGCCGUACCCAGAUGACAACAAGCUGGCGACCGUAGCGCCCAGUCUCGCACUAUGGGCUGACAAGAAGGAAUGGACAAAAGACGAACUAGUCAGCCAAUUGAAGCCCAUGUUCUUCAGUGAAGAUGAGCCGGAUCAUAACAGUGACUUGGAAAUUUCGGGGAAAAUGUUUCAGACGACGGAGACGGUGGAAGCCAUUGUCGGUCAAUUGAUGGAGAAGCAACGUGCCGCAAGAGCAGCAGCAUUAGCAAGGCAACUAGAAUGUGGAUGUCCUGACUCCACCUGUCAAGAUUCCAGGACUUGUGCUCACCCGUUACGACGCAUCCAAACCGCCAAACCACCUCCUUCGGAUCACCAUGUUUCAUCUACCACAGGCCCUUCACCGAGACCUAUGGCGCAACCACCACGACAGUACACGAGAGAUCAUAGGCAAACUACGCAGUCGUCUCCACUCCUACUUUCCUUAGGGCAAAUACAAGGAGGCGGAGGUUUACUUAUUCUGAACGGUACUAGCAAUAGUACGCAACAACAUUCCUCCCUAGUCUCACCGCUGUCAGUAACUUCGUUUGUCUGCGAAGAGCCAAGAGACAGGUACCGGCAACAGUAUAAACCAACGUUUGUACUAAAAAGAGAAAUACCAGACAGCCAGCAGACCACUCAUUUGAAUAAUACAGAGCAAACAUUCAAAGUGGAAAGUCGUGUCGAGGAAAAAGUUGAGAUUGAAACCUUUGAUAGAAAAAUAAAAUUGGAGCCAAGAAGUCGAACCCACAUUAUUGCAAGUGCACCCUCUACGCCAUCUCGCUAUCCAGAUUUAGUGGAACGCUUAGAAAGUAAAAUUCAUACCGAACAUUGUGACGAUACUUUAGUUUUAUUAGGAACAGAUAGCCAUUUAGAAACAUCUAGCGGCUUUUUCGAUGAAACUCUUGAGUUAUCCCACGAAGAUAUUCAAAAAACUUUGUCAGCAAAUAUGCCGACUUGUGAACUAGACCGUAGUGCUGUGCGGUCAACUGAGACUGCAAAUGUGAUGGUUUCAGGAAUAGAUACAAUGGACUUUAUAGAAAGCUGUGAAGCAGUAGCAUCGCCUACUCACGUAGUCGAUGACAAUGUGUUUGUUAAUUUGGACGCUUUUGAUAUGCUGGGUGAUUUUCCUGAACUGGAGGUUUUAGAUCCUAGUACUAUAUCAACGAACCCGAUUCUUUUAUGUGGCAACAUGCCUCUUACUGAAGAGGAAAAUGAUAAGAUGCAAACAGAUAGUCCGGGUGAAGGGACUCUAAGUAUUACAGACUAUUCUCCGGAAUGGGCUUAUCCUGAAGGAGGUGUAAAAGUGUUAGUUGCUGGACCAUGGACGGACACCUCUGACCAGUACACAAUACUCUUUGAUAAUUUCCCAGUGCCGUCAAUCCUGGUACAAAAUGGUCUUCUUAGGUGUUAUUGUCCAGCACACGAAGCAGGUCUGGCAGCAUUGCAAGUAGCUAGAGGAGGUCGCGUUGUAUCAGAUACAGUUGUCUUUGAAUACAAAGCAGGCCCUGUUCUGGCACCAUCGUCUCCCGCAUCUGCACCACUGCCGUCGCUGGAUUUUAGAAGAUUUUCGCUUUUGCAGCGACUGCAGCGACUGCAUGGUCGACUACAGUUAAAAAUCGAGCCGCUGGAUGAUAAUAAUCAGAUCGAAGAUGUACAACUGUACUCCAACCCAAAAUUCGAAGACCGGUUGGUGACAUUUUGCCAUUCCCUAAGUGCACGAUCCUUUGGCAACUCUGAAGGAUUCACCACAGAACCCGGAGAGGAUAGCUCAACAAUUCUUCACUUGACAGCGGCUUUAGGAUAUACAAAGUUAACUACUGUUCUAUUACGGUGGAGACAAGAUGACAAUAGCUUAGCUCUGGAGAAAGAGGUCAACUUGGGUGCAAGGGAUAGUGACAAUUGUACUCCACUGAUGGUAGCAAGUGCUGAAGGUCAUAUCGAAACCGCAGUAGUGCUGGCUCGGUGGAGCGCUGGCACGCGAAGUGAAGCAGGAGCCAGGGCCGCUGCCGCUACAGCUCGCCGCGCUGGGCAUUCUCGCCUGGCAGCUUUACUCGACCGUAUUCACCCACCCACUGGUGACGCUGUGUUUCGGAGACCUCAUAGUUUAUCCCAAAAGAGUCGUUCAGGCAGUUUGGAGAGCAACUUGGUCAAACGACCAUCUAUAGACAGUGGUAUCAAUAUGGCAGAUGCGUUUAGAUCCAGUUCUGCCAUAGAUAAGUCAGAAACGUCAUCUGCUAGAUGGGAAAGAAGCAUGUCUUUACCCCUUGAUUCUGAUACAUCUGAGGAUAGUCUUGGUGACUCAAAAAAUGGCCGACGUAUGGACCUUGCUCUCUGCGAGACGGCGGCGCGGCGCGCGGCCAGCCCUCUGAUAGACGUGGAGGCCCUCUCUGAGCCGCCCUCGCCUGCGCCCGACCCCCCCGCUGCAGGGGAGCAGGAUGACCGGGUAUUCACGUUGGCAGAGCAAAUAAUAGCUGCUAUGCCAGAGAGAAUAAAGAACGAAAGCUCGUCCCUUCUUAACGGAUGUGACUUGGACAGCGGCACUGGUGGCAGUGAAGACACACUAAUGGUUCCACUUCUUGAUGACUCCACCACUUUUAGCACCGAAUUCAGCUUUGAAUUCUGUGACAACACUUACAGAUAUUGCGGCGGAUCCACUCCAUGCUCUUCGGGUUCGGUGUCGCCUGGAUCUGCGCUGUCUCCCCCUCCAGCGUCACCACGAAACGCUCUACCAACCACAUCGGCAACAUUGCAGGAAUUCUUGAAUACAACCACGCAUUUCUCAAGUCUUACCCUCAAUGAUCGCGAGCAACGGGAGCUCUACUCAGCAGCCAUAACGAUUCAGAAGGCGUACCGGCAGUAUCGAGGCAGGCAGUUGCAGCGACGGGCCGCGGCGGCCGCCAUUACCAUACAGAACUGUUACCGGCGUUACAAACAGUUCGCGUACUUAAAGCAGAUGCACGCGGCAGCUACAGUCAUCCAACGUGGCUAUCGCAUGAUGAGGGAGCGUCGUCUAGCCACUACCCCUAUAAAACGGACUUAUUCCCAAAGACGUCAAAAUCAGGCAGCGAGGAAAAUUCAGCAGUUUAUGAGGCAGUCCAAGAUCAAGUUACAGAGAGAACGAGCCGCAAGCGCGAAGGUGGCCCGGCUCUUCCCAGUUGCCCGCCAAAACUCGUCGCAGCGCAUCACCAGUACUCCACCCACGCCUAACAGGAUCAUUAACUAUUUAGCACCUGAAUCACCAAUGGACGCAGAUGAUGACCUUCUACUCGAGCUUCUGUUUAAAAUGUGACCUGACCCUGAACAUCGAUUUCGCACACACCAUUCCACCAAUAAUACUUUCCAGCAACUUCAAAAAAUAAUUUUCGGAAAAUUGAGCUGUAUUUGCAUGCAUCCGAGAUCCCCAAAUUUUUUAUUUACAUUAUUUUUAAGUAUAAUAUAACUGCCGGAGUCAGGAACUAUUUUUGUUAUUUAUAUUCAUUUCGGAUAUUUGCUCGUUUGGGCAUGCUGACAUAGAAGGAAAUUUUGUUUUUCAAAAUUAUUAUUUACGUCUCAUGCAUUAUUUAUAAGAUACAAUAACUGCCGGAGUCAGGAAGUAUGUUUUUAAUCCAUAUUUAGUUUUGGUAAUUCACAUACCAAUCUAAUUUGUUUUUGGGCUGUACUAAAAUUUCUUAACAACGUUACCUUAUUGCGUUACAAUAGAAAUUUAAGAGUCAUCGGUUUAAGGAUUUACCACCUGACUGCCUUCAUUUAGUCAUUUAAAACUACUAACGCUAUCCUACUGUAUUCAGACCCGAUUUUUAAACAGAUUUAACGGAGUUGUGACAUAACUCAGGCCUUGAAUUUUAAAAUUCUCUCCAUUAUUUUAACAGUGUCCUUGUAUUUACCAUAGAGUGUUCGA